UUACAUAAUGCGGUAUACGAAACGUAGUUACAGAGUUUUGGAUCACUCCAACAGAAAUAACAUAAGCAACAAACUCUGAUCCAGACUACAAAUGCAACUAUGGUACAUGCUAAAAACCACAUAUUACUAAUUUACUACAUCUUCCAUUUUAAGAUUAAUUAGAGAACACGUUGAUUAGUACUUUUUGAUUAAUGAACAAGAGAGAUGAAAACCAAGUGAUAUUUCAUAAAUAAAUAUUAUUAAUAUUAAGUUGUAAUUUGCCUUUUUUUUAUUUUUUUUAAAUAGUGAAAAAUAACGACUUUAUAUUUGAUCUCUAUAACUUAAUAUCAGUAACAUUUUAUAUACGAAAAUGUCACUUAACCUACCAAAUUUGCAAUGAUCAAACACACAAAAAAAAAAAAAAAAAAACUCUGGGUCCCGCCCUUGUGGACAAUUGGACAUUGAUAAUAUAGGCACCGUUAUCUUUUCCCGCUUUCAAUCGGAGGAAAAAACUUGAGUUGAACAACAGUAAUGUCACUUCUCUUAUCUUUCCACCAUUUUUCUCUCUCCUCCAAAACCCCAUUUCAGCACCACCAUCACUACCAUAAGCACCAUUAUAUCUCUAUUCACUAUCCCAAUAAAAAACCCCCCAUUAAAACCAUCAAAAGAACCCUAAUUUCUCAGCUCCGACCCACUUCCGUCGACCAAGAAAAAACCCUCCCAAAAUCCGCAAUUCAACGAAUUGCAGAGAAAUUACGAGCAAUAGGGUUCGUAGAAGAAAGUAAAAAUAACACCCAGUUGUUAGAAUCUGAGAAUGACUCCAAAAUUGGGGAAAUUUAUGUCCCAAAUUCCCGCCAAAUCCCUAAAAUUCGAGUUGGGCAUACUCUUGAUUCUAGUUGGUCUACGCCUCAGAACCCGGUUCCUGAACCGGGUUCGGGAGACGCCAUUGUUAAGCUACAUGGAUUGAGUGGGGUUGUUAGGAGGGAGAGGAGGGAGUUUAGGAAGGAGGAGAAGAGAGAAAGGGAAGAGAAAGGGACAGUUCCGAGCUUGGCGGAGCUGAAAUUGUCGGGUUCGGAACUCCGGAGAUUGACCACAAUAGGGAUCAAGAUGAAGCAGAAGAUGAAGCUAGGGAAGGCUGGGAUUACUGAGGGGAUUGUGAAUGGGAUUCAUGAGAGGUGGAGGAGUUGUGAGGUGGUUAAGAUUGUUUGUGAGGAUAUUUGUAGGCUUAAUAUGAAGAGAACCCAUGAUUUAUUAGAGAAAAAAACUGGAGGAAUGGUUGUCUGGAGGACUGGAAGCAAAAUUGUUUUGUAUAGAGGGGUCGAUUACAAGUAUCCUUACUUCUCACUGGAUGAAGCCCCUAGCAAUAUCAUAUCUGAGAAUGCCAUGGAAGUUGAUGACAGGAUGCAAGCCGGAGAAGAAAAGCCGUCAUCUUCUACAGUUGUCAUAGAAUCUGGUGGACAAAGUUUGACGAGAAUUCUGAGCCAGUCUUCCUUGGUACCAGGUGUAGGUAGUCCAAACAGGGUGCGAUUCUUGCUGCCUGGUGAAAGCCAACUAAUGGAGGAAGCUGACCGCCUUUUGGAUGGAUUAGGUCCACGAUUUACGGAUUGGUGGGGAUGUGAGCCGUUACCUAUUGAUGCAGACCUUUUACCAGCUGUUGUUCCUGGGUAUAGGCGACCCUUUCGCCUGCUUCCUUACGGAGUGAAAUCUCAACUAACUAACGAUGAGAUGACAACACUUAAGAGACUUGGGCGACCCCUUCCUUGCCAUUUUGCUUUGGGGAGAAACAGGAACCUUCAGGGAUUGGCUGCUGCAAUUCUUAAGCUAUGGGAGAAAUGUGAGAUUGCUAAGGUUGCUGUUAAAAGAGGAGUUCAGAACACUAACAGUGAGCUGAUGGCUGAUGAGUUAAAGCGUCUGACUUGUGGUAUCCUAUUGUCCCGAGAUAAAGAGUACAUAGUGUUCUACCGGGGAAAAGAUUUCCUUCCAUCAGCAGUUUCUACCGCUAUCGAAGAGAGGCGACGAAACCGAAUGCACAGAGAAAAAAAAUUGGCUAAUGAUUCUUCACCAAAAAGGACCGAGAACAUUGUUUUGGAUACUGAAGAGUGUGCGGAUGCCAGUACAAGUGAGACAGGCAAGGUCCAAAAAGUGAGGAAUGUGUCUCAAGAGCGGAAAGUAAGGUCCAUUCAAACAACUAUUGCAAGAACUAGCAGAAAGCUGUCAAUGGCUCUAGAAGAGAAAGAAAGGACAGAGAAGCUUCUUUCUGAUCUGGAGCAGGCUGAGAUUUCCCAGCAAGUAGAGGUGGAUAAGGAAGGCAUCACGGAAGAAGAGAGAUACAUGCUUAGGAAAGUUGGCUUGAGAAUGAAGCCUUUCCUGUUGCUGGGUAGACGUGGUGUUUUUGAUGGCACAAUUGAGAACAUGCAUCUGCACUGGAAGUACCGGGAACUGGUAAAGAUUAUGUGUGGAGGAAGGGACAUUAGCGAGAUCCACGACAUAGCACGUAUACUAGAGGCAGAAAGUGGUGGAAUUCUAGUGGCUGUUGAGAAAGUCAAGAGAGCUACUGCAAUCAUUGUAUACCGUGGCAAGAACUACCAGCGUCCAGCCAGCUUGAGACCGGAGACACUUCUAAACAAGAAAGAAGCAAUGAAACGCUCUAUAGAAGCCCAGCGCCGUAAGUCCUUAAAACUUAAUGUGCUGAAGCUAGCAAGAAACAUAGACCAAAUGAAACUUAAGUUGGUGGAAGAUAAGGAGGCUUUGGAUAACAAAGCAGGUGAACAGGAACUGGAGGAGAAUGUAAAUUUGAACAUUUCAAAUCGUCACAAGGACUCUCAAGAGGAUAUUCCUUCUAUCAAAGGGGAGAAGCAUGUUAAUUUUCCCUCAUCAUCCGAUGAAAUGCAUGAAGCUGCAGAUAAAAUUUCAGCUGGAUCAGUUUGUCAAAAAAUCAACUCAAAUGCAGUCAUGAAGGAAAAGACCAGUGCAGAUGUCUCUCUAUAUGAUGAUGAUACUGAGGCAAGUUGCUCAGAGAAAAUCGAUGUUGCCUCAAAUGAUCCUGGCAAUGCUGUAAUGUUUCAUUCAACCAAAUAUGAGUCAGAACCAAAUAUUAUGUCAUUGUCAGAAAACGAUUCUGAGCAUCGUAUUGUUAAAGAUGGGAAAUCGGAGCCUUCUCAAGAAUCAGAUAACAAAGCCGUAGUUCCUCUGUCUUUCCGCAAGGCAGCGGCGAGCAGCUCCGAUGCAGUACAAGCUAGAGCUAAACCACUUACGAAUCGAGAGAGACUUCUUUUGAGAAAGCAAGCCCUCACAAUGAAGAGGCGUCCUGUACUAGCUGUUGGCAGGAGCAAUGUGGUUUCUGGUGUUGCAAAAGCAAUUAAGGACCAUUUUCAGAAAUAUCCUCUAGCUAUUGUCAAUGUCAAGGGGAGGGCUAAAGGGACCUCAGUUCAGGAGGUGGUUCACAUAUUGGAGCAAGAAACAGGUGGAGUUUUGGUAUCCCAGGAGCCAAGUAAAAUCAUACUUUACAGAGGUUGGGGUGCUGGAGUGGAAAAUCGCCGUGCUCGUAAUAAGGAGGUUAAUGAUAAAGGAGCCAGCUUACCUUCACCAUCUGUCUCUCCAGAGCUGUUGGCAGCAAUGAGACUUGAAUGUGGAUUGUCAAGCAACUAAACAGAAGAGACAGAGCUUAUCCUUGUUCUGAUCCUAUAUGAAUACGACAUUCUCUUCGUAAUUGCCUUGCAACUUGCAAGAUCUAAUCACAAAUCUGUGUUCUCUAUUAAAAUAGAUCCGAGGUCAAAUUGGGCACAAUUUGGACUAGCAAUUGUCAAUCAUUCCCCAUUUCUGUCGGAAUGUGUAAGUUCAGAUUCAUUUGGAGUGCAUUUAGGCAUUAGUGGCCAAGAAAUUCCAUGCAUAUCUUGUGAAGAAAGCAAAUAUUUCUCAUCUAUAAGGUAAAAAUAAUUAUUUUCCCUCUACUUAAUUACCAUUCUAAUUAUUUCUUAUUGUGAAUUAGGACGAAGGUAAAAGUAAUUAGCUCUAGGAUGGAAGGAGUAACAAGAGAUAGGAGGAGAGAGAGUCUUUUACUUCCUUCGUUCUUUUUAGUUGCAUCAUGGUUGGGAGGCAUACCUUUUUCAAGGAGCCCAUGUGAUGAGGAGAGAGGGAGAGAGAACCCAAAAACAAAAAGUGUAAAGUUGCAAUCAUUUUAAAACUUUCUAAAGAGGAAAUUGCUGCAAGUUGCAACUAACAACGAACGGAAGAAGUAUAUAUGGUUGAAAUGUUUUUCGCUGUCACUAUGAGCCCUCGUCAGUUUCCUAGGACGAAAGAUAUCUCACUGAACUGGGUUCUAGCAUGAGCUGAUGAAUACGAAUAAGGAUCAUUGGUUUUUCAGCAUCCUUCACCACCAUGGACAAGAAGCCAUCAGGUAGGAAAAUGAAUUGCUUCAAAAAAAUUGGUGUUCCACGGCAGCAUAUCAUUGAUGCUCACUUUUACGUCGGCACAAUCACAUAGACUGCUAAUUGAAGUGGCGGUUUCAUUUUCGGUCAAGACACACACAAAGGAAAUAAAUAUGCUGCUCCUGAGCCUAGAUGGAUGAUGUUGGCUCGAAUGAUCCAAAGACAUGCGCAACGGGAAUUUUUUAGCAUUAUUAAGGAAAACUGCUCAACUGCAGAUAUUGUUUUUUUUGGUAAUGCUUUUACUCCUUUUCACUGACUUUGAAUUAUAGGAAAUAGAUACACUUCUUCCGUUUCAUUUUAAACGCAACAAAGUAAUAUUUUAUAUCUCACAAAUAAUACUCCUUUGUUACAUUUAAAACGAAACGGAGGAAGUAUAUAGUUUUGAUAUUGAGUAUUGGUUUAAAAUUUAUUUCAGAAUAGCUUGCUUUUGUCUAUUUUCAUAGAUUAGCAUACUAGCAGUAUUGUAAACGCAUGAUUCACUAACGUAUCAAAGUUCUUAAAUAGAUUUCUUAAAGAUGACUAUAGAAAUGUAGCGAUGUUUAAUUUA